AUGGCUGACAGUGGACUUAAGAGGAAUAUCCCAAUCAAGCUCGGAGAUUUUUCCGUCAUAGACACAGAAUUCUCCAGCAUUAGGGAGAGAUUCGACGCUGAAAUGCAUAAAAUGGAGGAAGAGAUGAGCAAAUUCCGAUCGGAACUUAUGAACAGGGAGAGCAACAAUUUCUUCAAGAGCACCACAAGCUCUACCACAUCAUCACAGCACAGUGACAGCAGACAGUUGGCCGAGCCCAGCCAUUGGGACAGCUUGAACUCUCCCCUCAUCCAAGACGAAGGUGAUGGCAAGAGCCUGAAACUCCGCUUUGACGUCAGCCAGUACACUCCCGAGGAGAUUGUCGUUAAGACUGUUGACAACAAAUUAUUGGUACACGCCAAACAUGAAGAGAAAUCUGAAACCAAGUCAGUGUACCGGGAGUACAACAGGGAGUUCCUCCUGCCCAAAGGCACGAACCCAGAGGCGAUCAAGUCGUCUUUGUCCCGUGACGGUGUCCUCACCGUGGAGGCACCUUUACCACAACUGGCGAUCACCGACAGGAACAUCCCCAUCCAGAAACACUGA